AUGGCGCAGAAAACAGAUAAAAUAGAGGAGAAAAUAGAAAGAGUUAUCAAAGAAUUGUUGGAUAAAUUCCAUGUCUCUAUCCAACUUAAGGACGAGCAACGUACGGCAAUAAAAAAUUUAUUACUUGGUUCGGACGUCCUCGCUGUUUUACCAACAGGUUACGGUAAAAGUCUAAUAUUUCAGAUACUCGUUCUUGUUGGAAAAUCGGCGGAAAGUCGAACAUCAGCUUUAGUAAUCUGUCCAUUGAAGAGUAUUGUUCGUGAUCAAAUAGAGGAGGCGAGGAAUUUGGGAAUUUCUGCAGGAGAUGUAUCAGAAAUGUCGGAUAAUGACUUGAGAGAUUCCAAAUUUCGUUUAGUUUUCGCUUCAGCAGAGGAUGCUCUUGCGGAACGCGUUAAGACUGUCAUUAAAAAUCGCAAUUCUUCCAUACAUAAUAACUUAUCCGCGAUAGUUAUCGAUGAAUCGCACAUCGUUGAAACCUGGACGGGCAAAAGGUAUAAUAUAUGCAUUUUAUAAGCUAUAUUUUACUUUUUCAAUAUACUGUAUGUACAUUAUAAUAUGGAGAAUGUAUUGGUUUGAGACUUUGAGUGACAACUUUCCAUUGAACAUUGACCAUUCUAUUUUACGUUUCCAGGGAAGGAGGGAAUGCAUUUCGUGAAGCCUUCUCAAGAUUGUCUGAUCUAAGAUCAUUCUCUAAAGCAGGUCAGUAAAAUAACAAGGUUUUAUGUUGAUGUUUGCUUCCUAUUUUAUUUUCCCCACCUUUUAAAAUGAUGAAGCAAAUAAGUAAUUAUAUGUAUGGGUGCAAAGAUGCAAAACUGCAAGAAAAAUAAGCACCAAAAAUGAUUUUCUCCUGCAUGCUGUAUUAAAAGUUAUAAAUAGGGAUAAUAUUUAUUUUAGGUGCAAUGUGAUUUCUAUACACGUAAAAACUCACAACUUGUGAACAAGAUGUGUUCGCAACAGGCUUCUGGCAAGUUUGUCAACAAGUUGGAACAAUACUGUUAUUUUAUCAAGUUGCUACAAGGUUGUCACUCACAACUUGUUGACAAGUUGUUCCAACAACUUGUUAUCGUCCUGCAAUUCAACAACUUGUCAACAAGUCGUGAGCUCAACAAUUUUUUAACAAAUUGUCAACAAGCUGGAUACAAGCAGUGCGAACACAUACUGUUGACAAAUUGUUGGAACUGCAUUGCUACAAGUCUGCUGCAGGUUUGUUACAACUUGUGCAUUUUUAUGUGUGUAUGGCACAAUUUGAUUUCUGACCAUUUGGAAGUACAUAUUUUCUAUGUUGUGAGGGGGAGGGUACCAAUAAAUAAAUUUCCUUAGAGAAGAAGAGAGCUUAAUUAAUAGAGGAUUUACCAUAUGUGUCUAAUAAGUAAUUAUUUAAUAAUGAUCAGGUUGCCAUGUACAAUAAGGUGUAAUUGAGGCUUCAUUCAAAGUUUGAUGUAGAAACAGCAGUAAUUUGUAUGAAGCUUUUGUUCAUUCUCAGGCUAUUGUGUAAAGGCAUUUGACUUUUCUUUGAAAAUAGCCAUCAAUAUGUACCUGAACAGAUUCGGCUCAGUUUAUAUAUUAGACUGACUGUAUAUAUAUAUAUAUUUGAAACUUUAUGUGCACAGAUUAUACAUAAUAUCAUUACCUUAUAAUUUGUUUCCAAUACCAGGUACACCAAUGCUAGCAUUAACUGGCACAGCUGAUGAAAAAACUCAGAAAAUUAUCAAAAAAACGCUGUUGAUGAGGGAUCCAAAAUUACUGGUGUUGAGUCCCAACCGAACCAAUCUGAGAAUCUCAGUUUUGAAAUGUAAAAAAGCAGUAAUGAUUGAUCAUCUAUCAUGGUUAAUUCAACUCAUAAAAAGUAAAGGUAUAGAAACCCCAAAGACACUAAUAUUCUGCAAUGGUACAAUGACAGAUGUUGCUACUUUGGCCAAUUUUAUGCUAAUGGAACUUGGUAAAAAAGCAUAUUCACCUGAGGAAAGUCAGAAUUCUGAAAACUGUAUUAUUGGCAUUUAUCAUUCCCUAACACUUGAAAAAUACAAGGAAAGACUGGUUCGUGCAUUUAAAGUUGGCGGGAAAACAAGGGUUGCCAUCACAACUUCUGCCUUAAGUAUGGGAGUUAAUUUCCCUGAUGUGAGGUAUGUGAUUCAUUGGGGACCACCGAGAAACGUGCUUGAUUACCAUCAAGAAUCAGGGCUUGCUGGGAGAGAUGGAAAAAAUGCGGAUGUCAUAACUCUGUACCAUGGUCAGCAAUUGUCAUUUUGUGAAGAGGAUGUCAAAGACUUUGUUAGGACUGUUGAUUGUUAUAGAGUUGCAGCUUACAAAGCAUUUGAUAGAAAGAUUCUUCCCCUUCAUCCCUCUCAUGCAUGUUGUGCAAAUUGUUCAAAAUUGUGUGCAUGUGAGGAUGGCGAGUGUCUCUUUGAAAUUCCACCAUUUGAGAAAGAAAUUACAAACAUGACCAGUGCCAACCAAACUAUGAACAGACCAGUGUCACCAUCUGACAAGGAAGACCUUAUCAUGGCCCUAAAAGAACUUGCCAAUAUGUUCCAUCCCAUUGUAAAGCAACUAAUGUUCAAUACCACAAAUGAUUAUGAAGAUAAUUUGGUUUCUGAAAUUGUUGAUAAGGCACAUUGUAUAUUCACUGUAAGAGAUGUCAAUGUACAUUUUCCUUUAUUCUCAGUGCACUUUGCACUGAAAAUUCUCGAAAUAUUUCACGAAAUUUUUGAAGAUAUUCCAAAUAUCGAUGUCAUAAUGGAACAGGUGCUAAUGACAGAGCAAGUUAAGGUUGUGUGA